AAAGUGGUUGAUGAAGUAUUUAAAAAUCUGUAACUGUCCGUAUUCGAUUUACCAAGUGUACUGUCUUAUGUCUACAGUUUAGUUCUUAGAUUAAUGUCGAACGUUUCGACUGCUUAUAGCCACUUCGUUUAGUUUCCGGACGGCGCACAGACAUUUCGCCUUUGGUUUGCGCCCCUCUGGUGGCCAAGAUUCUACGCACAAACGAUUGUUUAUACCAUUAAAAAAUGGCGACUUUUGAAAAAUUGAUGUUGGACAAAAUUCUUUUGAAGAUGAAAAGGUUUAAUAUGAAUGAACUUCAACAACUAUGUAAAAUCUUACAUCUGAACCUGGAAUGGAAAGAUAUUAUCAACCUAGUAUCUGAAUGCCGUAUGCGUUUAAGUGUUGCAAACGUUGUAUCAGUAGUACAUCAGCAUUUAAAAGAUAGUGAGUCUAUUGAAGAAACUUACCAUCGAGUGAUGUUAGUGGACACCAUAUUCCAUCAAAAUAGUCAGUGGUGGACAGUGACUAUUGAUAAAGUUAAUAAACAGUUGUUGGACAAAGAAAUAAUUAGAAAUAAUAUUGAGGCCAUGUUAAACAAAUUGAAUAUUAAAGCAAUUACAUAUGUUAUGAAGUGUAAUCAAUUGUUUUGGGUGUUAAUAGACGUCAAUGAAACUAAAAGAAAACGAAGUGCCGUAAAAUUAAACAAUCUAUAUUUCUUCACCAUAGCUCCAGGAAAAGUGUUUCAUGUAUUUUACAAACCUCAAAACAUUGAAAAUAGACUGAUGAAAAUUGUCAUAAAAUCAGUCGGCGCCAGUAAAUAUAAGCCAUACUCAUUGUCAGGCAAACAUCUGCAGUCUAUGGUAAAUUUGUUGGAAGAUAAAAAUAGAAAUAAUGAAAAAAAUACGAGAGUGCCAAUAUUGGUUAACAACCAUAAAGAAGAAGACGUUAAAGAAUAUGUUCAACAAUUAUUUGGAGAAAAAUGCCGGGUGCUUAACCAGUUUACAAUAAAUGUGGAGAGUGAUUUGUCAGUGUUCAGUAAUAACAACCCAGCCGGUAAGAUGUGCAAAACUAAAGUGGUGCUGAAAGGAGAUAGUAUAAUUGAUGGAGUUAAGGACAUGAUGUUAUCGGGUAUAUUGCAACCACCAUAUCCAGAUUGGGCAACAAAGCUACCUAUAUUGGGUAAAAAUUGUGUAAAUAUUAAUAUACGCCCUUAGAUGAAUGUAAUAAACAAAUAAUCUUUAGUUUUAAUUGUAUUUAAACAUUUACUCUGUUAAUAUAUUUGUAGUUUUUUUUUAUUUGAUUUACUC